GCCUCCGAGCUCUGUCAUGGCAGCGUCCAGUGUUCCGUCCAGUGCUCCAUCCAGUGUGGAGGAACGGGAUGCUAGGGUUUUUGUUGGCGCGACAAGCCGGAUUGGACGACCCUCUUCGCCUACAAAGAGCGGAGUGCACACGAAGGGUUUUGGGACUGGAGUUAAACAAAGACAGAGAUGUUGAAAGGAUCCAUGGCAAUGGAGUUAACACCCUGGACAUUGAACCUGUUGAAGGGAGAUACAUGUUAUCAGGUGGUUCAGAUGGUGUGAUUGUACUUUAUGAUCUUGAGAACUCCAGCAGACAACCUUAUUACACAUGUAAAGCAGUGUGUUCUGUUGACAGAUAUCAUCCUGAUUUUCACAGAUACAGUGUGGAGACUGUACAGUGGUAUCCUCAUGACACUGGCAUGUUCACAUCAAGCUCAUUUGAUAAAACUCUGAAAGUAUGGGAUACAAAUACAUUACAAACUGCAGAUGUAUUUAAUUUUGAAGAAACAGUUUAUAGUCAUCAUAUGUCUCCAGUUGCCACCCAGCACUGUUUGGUAGCAGUUGGUACCAAAGGGCCCAAAGUACAACUUUGUGACUUAAAGUCUGGAUCCUGUUGCCACAUUCUACAGGGCCACAGACAAGAAAUACUAGCAGUUUCCUGGUCACCGCGUUAUGAAUAUACCUUGGCAACUGCAAGUGCUGACAGUAGAGUAAAAUUAUGGGAUGUGAGGAAAGCAUCAGGAUGUUUGAUUACUCUUGAUCAGCAUAAUGGGCAAAAGUCACAAGCUGCUGAAUCAGCAAACACUGCUCAUAAUGGAAAAGUUAAUGGCUUAUGUUUUACAAGUGAUGGGCUUCAUCUGCUCACUGUUGGUACUGAUAAUCGAAUGAGGCUCUGGAAUAGUUCCAAUGGAGAAAACACACUAGUGAAUUACGGAAAAGUUUGUAAUGACAGCAGGAAAGGAUUGAAAUUCGCUGUCUCCUGUGGCUGCAGCUCAGAAUUUGUCUUUGUACCAUAUGGUAGCACCAUUGCUGUUUAUACGAUUUACUCAGGAGAACAGAUAACUAUGCUUAAGGGACAUUAUAAAAGUGUUGACUGCUGUGUAUUUCAGGCUAAUUUUCAGGAACUUUAUAGUGGUAGCAGAGACUGCAAUAUUCUUGCUUGGGUACCAUCCUUAUAUGAACCAGUUCCUGAUGACGAUGAGACUACAACCAGAUCACUGUUAAAUCCAGCAUUUGAAGAUGCCUGGAGCAGCAGUGAUGAGGAAGGAUGAAUAUUAAUCCUCAGUACCUUUGUGUCUCUAUUGAGGAAUUUUUUUAAAUGGGACUGUUUUUUUUUUUUUAACUGUUCAGUAACAGCUAAAUUAGCACUGAAAUUGGGUGAUUUUCCCUCCAUGUUUUAAAUUGAGGUCAGUAUGUGCAUGAAAUCCUAAAACAGACUUCUAUAUAGUAUACUUAAUCAAAACAUGUCUCUUGGUCCCAGUUGCUGUGGCCUAGGGCAGCCCGUAUUGCUAUAGUACAAGAAGACAAGUCACGGCACCCCAUGUGGGACCUCAAGCAGACUGUGUGAACUAUAAGAUGCUGUCUCUGAGGAGGAGCAAGUAGAGGUUAACUGCUCUGACUUUCUCCUGCUAGCUACACCGUCAGCCUUUUCAUUUUCACUUUCAAGGAGGAUUUUACUGAUGAUUACAUAAAAAAUAAUAGUUGAAAAGUUAGCAUCAAAAAUGUUUUAUUCUUUCUUAUUUGUGUGUUCAGUUUUUGCAAUGAUUUCAUUUAGUUGACCAUUGUCUAGUUUUUUGUUAAAUAUUUUUGGAUUCAGUUCCUCCCACAAUCCAAAAAGUGCAUCACAGGAAUUUUUUCAACUUGGAAAAAAAUCCCAUGCUUCCUUUAUUUUAAUGCAUCAGAUGGCAGCUUGUACCCAUACAUGAACUUCCUUUCUCUGAAUCUUGUUAAAAUGUGACCAAGUUCUACUUCGUUCAUCAAGGCACAAAAUGCCCUGACAGGGAAUCUGUCUUAAACAUGAAAUAUUGUCAUAAAAUUUCUAGUUUACUGUCUACUCUUGUGUCAACCCAUAAGUUAUUAUCAUGAAGCUAAUCUUAUGUUUCCUUUCUUCCUGAUUCUUAUCAGCAGGAGGCUUGUAAAAGAAGUUUUUGUGAGCUUGAGUACCAAGUAUAUAGUUGUUGUUGUUAAUCCUUACCCAAGGAAUUU